AUGGAGGAUAAUUAUGUGCCUUAUGGAAAAUCAGCACGGUAUGCCCGAAAUCAAACAAAUGAUGAUCACUUUAUAAGAGAAGUAUAUAUUGGUGUCAUUGAUCAAAUCAGUCAAGAACUUGAUUAUCGAUUUGAUGAGAUAAAUAUGGAGUUACUUUCUUGUAUGUCGGCCUUCAAUCCUUCAAUCUCAUAUGCUUCAUUUGAUGCACAGAAGAUACGUAGACUAGCUGAGUUCUACCCUCAUGACAUAUUCGGCUCUGACUUGCUAAAACUUGAGUUGCAACCUGAAAACUACAUUGAUGUCAUAAGAGGAGAUGAUAGGUUCAAAGACAUACACAGUCUUGUUGACCUCUCAGUUAAGCUUGUUGAGACAAAUAUGCAUACAUUUUAUGAUAUGGUUUACUUGCUUCUUAAAUUGGUAUUGCUUCUACCUGUGGCGACGGCCUCCGUUGAAAGGGUAUUUUCAGCUUUGAACACUGUCAAAACCAAGAAGAGGAAUAAGAUUGGUGAUAGUGUUUUGGAUGAUUGUCUUGUCACAUUCAUUGAGCGGGAUAUUUUCUUUGAAGUGGAUGAAGCUGAUAUAAUAGAGACUUUCAUGUCCAUUAGACAUCGUAGGCCGGACAAGGACAAGGACAACCACAAGUAG